UCCAAAAACCCAACCCUACUAAUAAUUAAUAAAUCAUGCUUUUCCCAUCCCCCAAAUCCCCCUACCUUUCUAAUUCUUGUUCCCACAAGGAAUUUUCUGUUUCCAUCUUCAUUUCAAAUUUCAAUCUUCCAACAACACUCUCUGUGUUCUUUCAAUGAAUGCCCCCUGUUUCAAAUUUUCUACAACUGUCUGUGUGCUUUUAAUGCUCUUUUUCCGGGCAAGAAAGUACACUUUCUUUCUAUAGACCAAGACCCCACCGUCUUCUUCAACCCAAACAUAUCACAUCCAUUUUCUUCCAACGAUCACAUCAGAAAUUGUCCCAUCUUUUGAUUUUUUUCUUUCAAUAUUUCCCCUCUUUCAUCAGAUUUGUUAUACUAGUUUCUUGGAGCAUGAUUUGAGGAACGCAAUCUGUUUCUGGGAUGAUGGGUAUUCUCCAAUAAUGCAAUCUUGGAGAUACCCAUUUUGUCAAGACUCUUGUGUCUGUUCGGAGUUGAGCUUUUGACGAUUGUCUGUUUCUGUUUGGGACUUUCCGCAAACACUUGCUGGGUGGGGUUUCUUUCUUGUUUGGUUUUGUUGAGACAAUGGGUUGCAUUUGUGGCAAGUGUUUCAGAAGAUUCCGAUCAUCAUCUUCAGAUGGGGGUAAUCGUAACGGUAACAGGAUAAAAUUCGGUGCAUUUGCCGGUCGUAAACACUCCAUUGCUGAAACUUGGGUGGAUGUUGUUCCUGUGCCUUCUCACAACUUGAGGUUAGAGUACUGUGCCCUUACACAACGUGGUUAUUACCCUGACACCCCUGAGAAGGAAAAUCAAGAUAGUUUUUGUAUUAGAACAGGGCUUCAGGGCAAUCCAAAUGUCCAUUUCUUUGGUGUGUUUGAUGGGCAUGGGCAAUUUGGUACACAGUGUUCCCUUUUUGUCAAGGAUAGACUAGUUCAACUCUUAUCAAAUGAUCCCACACUCUUGGGUGACCCUGUCAAAGCUUACAAUUCUGCAUUUUUAACAACCAAUGAAGAACUUCACACUAGUGAUAUAGAUGACUCCAUGAGUGGGACAACAGCUAUAACAGCUCUGAUUGUUGGGGACACACUGUAUGUUGCAAAUGUGGGCGAUUCUAGGGCAAUGCUAGCUGUUAAUCAAGGGAAUAAUGCAGUUGUUGCCAAAGAUUUGUCUUCGGACCAGACGCCUUUUAGGGAAGAUGAGCGCGAGCGGGUGAAGCUUUGUGGGGCCAGAGUCUUGAGUGUUAAUCAAGUGGAGGGACUAAAGGAUCCAGGAAUUCAGUCAUGGGGUGAUGAGGAGACUGAAGGCAAUGAUCCACCUAGACUAUGGGUUCAAAAUGGGAUGUAUCCCGGGACUGCAUUUACGCGGAGUGUAGGUGAUAGUAUAGCAGAGAAAAUUGGUGUAGUUGCUAUUCCAGAAGUGUCAACGCUACAGCUAACGCCAAAUUAUCCCUUCUUUGUAGUUGCAAGUGAUGGGGUCUUUGAAUUCCUCUCCAGCCAAAGGGCCGUAGACAUGGCAAGCAGAUAUGCUGAUCCUCGAAAUGCAUGUUUUCACAUAGCUGGAGAAUCGUUCAGGCUGUGGCUAGAGCAUGAAAAUCGAACAGACGACAUAACAAUGAUCCUUGUACAAAUUAAAGACUUGACCAAUGUAUGAAUGAACGAUUGAAUUCAUAUCAAUUUCUUCUUGUAGCAACUGACUUGAAGAUUUUUGUGUGUUCUAUAAUAAUAAUAGCUAGAAGUGGCAAUGCUGUUGGUUGUAGUUAUAAUUAGAUUGGGAUUACACUUUGGUUCCAUGGUUCUAGUGUAAGUAAGAUAUCUGUUUUUUCUCA